CAGAGCGUUUUUUAACUUCAGAUCGCGACGACUGAGACACUUUGGUCCCCGCGCCGCAAAUUCAUUUUUUUUUCUUAAUUAAUAUUCGAGAAUUCACGUCGAGGUUUUUUAUUAAAUACGCGUAUAAGUUUAAAUCAUUGCGACAAUACUUUGUACAAUUUUUUUGUUUACUGCUUGAUAAGGAUUUGAGAGUAACGCAGAAUAAUUCAGUGAACUAGAAAACCCGAAACUUCGGCAUUGAAAUCUUUUUUUUUCUACUUCAUAAUAAAAGAAAAAGAGAAACGUGAAAAGAUAUUUUUUCUCUUGCAUUUCAUUGAAUUUGUGUAAAUUUAAUUAAAUUGGAAAUAUGUAAAAAGCAAAUUGAGCAGAACUCAAACCACCUGUUAAUGGUUUCAUGCAAAGAGUGAAAUUACUGAUGCUUAAUGACGUCAAUGACGUCCCGUGAUGAUUGUGUUGAUGAAAAAAAAAUAAUUAAUAGUGAAAUUAUCUUACUACCGUCGUGACAUUUAUGUUAGCUUCUUUGAACUCAACAAUCAACUCGAUUGAAGUGAAGUUGACUUAUUUCUGCGGUCAUCGCUUCGACUUUACUUAAAACGGCAAUAAUAGUGAAGUGAAUUGCCAACUCUCUUAAGUGCUGCCGCUGAUCAAUCAGACGAGUAGUCAAGACAAAAAAAGAAAAGGAAAAGAGCUUAAACUCUGCCCGACGGCCUUACUUGGUCAAUGUUGAACAGAUACAAAAGUCAUAAAGGCACAAGAAAUGUGUAAAUGUUGACGAUAAUAAAAAAAAAUAAAAGUGAUUUUAAUUUGCGGUUGCCACAUAGAUAAUUGAAAUUAAAAAACAUUACACGAAACGUCACGAGUGACUCGACGAUCCCGCCUGAAUAUCUCUCCUGACAAAUUGAUCUUUCUGUUUUCAUUUGCUGUCGUUUUGUAUGAUAUUUGAUCGGCAUGAGAAAUUAGCAAAUUGUUGCGAAGAAAGAAAAAGAAAACGAAAAAAGCUUAGAAAGCAUUUUUUUAUAUGAGAUUCAGAGCAAACCGCUUUGAUCGUGUCGUGUCAGUGACCGUCGUCAGCAAAAAAAUAUAAAAAAGAAAAACAUUUAAAAUAUCUGCUUGCGAAUUCUGAAAACCGUUAACUGUGUCAUUUUAAUUAUUUCUCGUGGUUCAAUGAGAGCUGUUCGAUAAUUUAAAGAUCAUCCCUAAAGCAAGUAAAAUAUUUACGAAAAUAGAAAGAAUUUUGUUGAUUCUUUUGCUUAAGUUAUUGAGUACUGAUAACGCCAAAGCCAACAUAACAGAAAUUUGCUUUGGUGAGAGAAAUGUUCAUGCCCGCUCCAACGAUCAGUACUGUUACGACCACCACCCGGAGCAUACCAACUCUAACGAUUUACGAGGAUUUUGAUAAAAUCAUCGCCAAGGAAGUUUGUUUCACUGAUACAGGUGAAAAGAAAAUUGUAAAACUUCUGCAUUUCCCUAACAUAACGCCAACUGAACAAAGACGCUUACUAAUGUCUGCAUCAGACUCUGGAUCCGGUUCAGCUGAUGAGCGGGAAAAAGUUUCUAGUUCCAUUGAUAUGGCGGCACACAAACCGCCGAGAAAGAAGUCAUCGACGAAGCGAUCACUUGAUAUGCAACGCAAAAUAUCGCUGAGUAAAUUGAGAGAUGAAAAGAAAGAAAAAGAUUCGAACAACCACUCAACUAGUAGUCAAUCAGCUGAUUCUACAACUCCUUCAUCAUCACCGUCCAUCAAUUGUCAUUCAGCGCCACUUAAGAUGAGAAAUCAUCGCUCGAACGGAGCUCGCAACGGAAGAAUCUCAGACGGUUAUGAUCAAUAUCUGAAGCAAUAUCUGCUUCAAGUUCCGAUGCCAAAAGAUUAUGGUGAACCAUCAAGCGAUGAUUUAUCCAGUGAGUGGGAUUCUGAUGGCAUUCCCGAUACAAAACAUAAUGAACCGAAUAAAGAAUCUAAGUCAGUCAUUGGAUGGAGAAAGUUAAGAAAUAUCGUUCAAUGGACGCCUUUCUUUCAAACAUCAAAAAACAAACAGAAAUACCCUUGGGUUCAGUUAGCUGGUCAUCAAGGCAACUUUAAAGCUGGAACAGAAGGAACAGUUCUUAAGAAAAUGACACCAAAGGAAGAAAUUUGCUUUCAAAAGCUCAUGGAGGAUGUUUUACGACCAUAUGUUCCUGAGUUCAGAGGUGUUGUAAACGGUGACGACGAAGAUGAAUCUCAAUAUAUUCAACUACAAGACCUUUUAAGUGACUUUAACAAGCCUUGUUGCGUAAUGGAUUGUAAAAUUGGCGUACGAACUUAUCUCGAAGAAGAACUUCUUAAGGCCAAAGAGAAACAAAAGCUUAGAAAGGAUAUGUAUGAAAAAAUGAUUCAAAUCGAUCCAAACGCUCCAACAGAAGAAGAACAUAAGGCCAAAGGUGUGACGAAGCCACGCUAUAUGGUAUGGCGUGAGACAAUCUCAAGCACAGCAAAUCUCGGUUUUCGAAUCGAGGGUAUUAAAAAAGACGAUUUAAAGUCGAAAGAUUUUAAGACAAUUAAAUCACGAGAUGAAGUGAAAGAAAUGUUUAAAGAAUUUUGUAAUGGUUAUCCUCAUGCAUUACCUAAAUACAUUCAACGCCUGAAAGCAAUUCGUGCCACUUUAGAGCAUUCAGAAUUUUUCAAAUCACAUGAAAUAAUCGGAAGUUCUUUGUUAUUCCUCCAUGACCGGAAGCAUGCCAGCUGCUGGCUGAUUGACUUUGCAAAGACUGGAACACUUCCUGAAAAUAAAAAGAUUACUCAUAGUAAAUGUUGGGAGGUUGGAAAUCACGAAGACGGAUAUUUAAUUGGACUUAACAAUAUUAUUGAAAUUUUUGGUGCAGUGAAAGAUGAACUGGAAAAAGAAAACUUUGAAAGUAAUUCAGACUCAAGUGAAUGAAAUCAUCGAUGAUGACAAGAUCUGUUGUGGGUUGAUCUUAAUGUUUUCACUUUUUACAACAAAGUGAGAAGGAAAUUUACACAGUUUUUAUAUCUUAAUUGCGCAAUUCAACGCCGCCAUUCUCUCAACUUUAUUUGCAAUUAAAAAAAAUUAUCUUAAGGUUGUUAAUUGUUAUUCUGUAGAUAAGAAAAAAAAAAGAAAUUUAAGAAGACAAAACAAAUUCUUCCACUCUCAAAGAUAAAACUACAAUGUCAAAU